CUUUUUGACCUCCACAAAGCAUGUCCAAGAUUGCUCAGAAGCGAAAGCAAGCCAAAGCAGCGCAGCAAGCCGAGUCCGACGAGCAGGACGACGCCAUGGUCGAGCAGGCGCUCACCGCGACCGGCUUCGACGAGUCCGAGCAAAUGGACGACGGCGAUGAAGACGAAGACGAAGACGAAGACCAAGAGGACGCUGGCGAGGCGGACGAGGACGCAAUGGACACGUUCGACGCGUCCGAAGUCCAACGCGUGGCUCUGGCCGACCACUACGCCCGCUCCUCCUCAUCCGCCGCUGGCGCUGCGCCGCUGAGCUCGGCUGAGAUUGCUGCUGCAGAGUCACGGCCGCAGUUUGCGCCGCUCUCGGCCAAGGACGCAGGCAAUGGCAAGGACGGAUUCCGCAAGGUGCUGGUGCCCGCGCACCGAUACACGCCGCUGCGCGAAAACUGGCUCAAGAUCUACACGCCCUUGGUCCAGCACAUGAAGCUGCAAAUCCGCAUGAACAUGAAGACACGCGCCGUGGAAUUGAAGACGUCACCGCAAACGGAAGACCCUUCUGCCCUUCAGCGUGGAGCUGAUUUUGUCCGCGCAUUCAUGCUGGGCUUUGAUAUCGCUGAUGCGAUUGCAUUGUUGCGCUUGGAUAACCUGUAUAUUGACACGUUCGAGGUUCUUGAUGGCUCUGGUGGCAAAACCAAAUUCACAAUCGAGAACGUCACAAAGACCCGCAUCGUUGUUGCAGACAGCAAAAUUCAUAUUCUCGGUUCCUUCCAAAACAUUAAGGUUUCUCGCGACGCCAUCGUCAGUUUGAUUCUUGGUAGCCCACCUGGCAAGGUCUAUGGCCAGCUUCGCUCUGUUGCUGGGCGCAUGGCUUCGCGAUUUUGA